AUGUUACUACUAGGCUUUUUAUGUUUAGCAGUGCUGACAUCGGCCACUCCCUACUCGGGGUUCCCGUUCUCUCAGCAGCUGCCUGAUGUGGCCAGAGUUGGUGAACAGUACUCCUUCUCUAUCAGCAAAGAGACCUAUCAAACAGAUGAUGGAAGUGUCGCCUAUUCUGUGGAAGACUUGCCAGACUGGCUUUCGUUCGAUGAAUCGUCGCUCACAUUUUCGGGUAUUCCAUCCUCUUCAGAUGCCACUAACUCGCUUUCGUUUAACCUUGUUGGAAAAGAUAAUUCGGGCACCUAUAAUCAGACCGUGUCGAUUGUUGUUUCUGACGAAGCGGGCCCCGAACUCAAAGACUCUAUUUUUUCCCAGCUGGAAUCCAUUGGGAACACAAAUGGCUACGAUGGACUUGUUGUGGAACCUGAGAAGUCUUUCAAGAUCCAAUUCUCCAAUGAUACCUUUGAAAUGAGUUCGGGCUCGACCAACAAGAUCAUCGCGUAUUACGGAAAAUCUCUCAACAGAACUUCUCUCCCAAGUUGGUGCUACUUCGACGAAGACACCCUCACUUUCUCUGGUACCGCACCUGCAAUUAAUUCCCAGAUCGCUCCUUCCCAAGAUUUCGGUUUCAUCUUGAUCGCUACAGAUUAUGAAGGAUACACCGGUGCUUAUGGCUCGUUCUACCUUGUUGUCGGUGCCCACGAGCUCACCACGAACGUUUCUUCGGAUCUCCAGAUCAGAACGUCUGCAGGAAACGCGUUCAACGUGGAACUUCCUUUGGAAGACGUGUUGUUGGACGGAGUCACCAUUGAUUCGGCCAACAUUUCCAAGGUGUCGCUAUAUGAGGCUCCUUCUUGGGUCAGUCUCAACUCUAGUAGAUUGACCGGUACUGUCCCACGUGAUCAGGACUCAAACGUGCUGGUGAACGUCACUGUGAACGAUGUUUAUGGAAACUCCGUGUUUCUAAACUUUGAGAUUGAUAUCUACUCCGAUAUCUUCACGACCGACGAUUUCCCAGAUGUCAACGCCACUCGUGGCGAGUUCUUUGUGUACUCGCUACCAUCGGACGAUUUCUCCAAUUUGAACUCCACUUCGAUCAAAGCUAACUUCUCCGAUGCAAAUUGGCUUACAUACUACUACACCAACCAUUCUUUCGCAGGUAACGUUCCUGACGAUUUCGACGAAACAGAAGUGAACAUCGAAGCCUCGAUGAACAGUCUUUCCGACUCCAGAGAGUUUACCAUCAGAGGAGUCGGCACGGUGCACUCGAGUUCGAGUAGCUCGUCCUCAAAGACUUCUUCGAGCUCUGCUUCUUCUGGAACGGCACAUUCCACCAGCUCGUCUACUGCUGUUUCCUCUCCAUCUGCCACUUCAACUUCGAAAUCCAAGUCUUCCUCUGACUCCAAAAAGAAACUUGCAAUUGGUUUGGGUGUUGCUCUUCCUCUAGCUGCUCUUCUCGCUGCUCUGCUCAUUUUCUGCUGCUGCUGGAGAAGACGCAAGUCUCAGGCCGAUGACGACGAAGACACGGAAAAGAAGAAGGACGCUUUCUACAUCAACCCUCAAGGCACUGCAGAGACUCUCAAGAACGACCCUGACGGAGACCAUGCCAAACGUCUGUCUGCUCUGAACGUGCUCAAACUGGACGAAGCUGCUGUGCGCGGUGACGAUGCUUCGUCGCUCACCAACGUGGACAGCACGCAUUCGAGGUCGCAAUCGUUAUACAAUGAGGCCAUGGCUCACCAAAGUACUGAUGAGCUGAUCCCUGGCCCUUCGCAGAAAAUCACCAAGUCGUGGCGUAAUAGCGCUUCUAAAUGGAAACCAAGAGACUCUCUCACGUCGUUGGCUACCGUUGCUACCACUGAUCUUAUGACAGUGAGAGUGACGGAUGACCCGAACCUGCAGCGCAAGUCGCAAGGCAUGUUCUUCAACAACAGAAACUCGUCGUAUGUUUCGUCGAGCUCUGGAAACUACGUCAAUUACGACCAGUCUUCUUCCAGCGACUACGUGGACGCACUUGACCGUCCUCGUGACCUCACAACUCUAGAUGAAGAGUUGCCUCGCGAUUACUCGGAUUCUAACCUGAGUAAGAGCAGCGCCAAGUUUGUGGACGUCCAGCGCAAGGGUUCGCAAGCUGUGAACGUUCCAAGAAACGAGAGAUCGUUCGAGGGCGUCAUCGAGAACUCCUCAAAUAACAGCUCGAUGUUGUGA